ACCAACUCUUCACUCCCCAUGCCGCCAUGGCGAAGAAGCGCCGGGCGCGGCCACCGCGACCGGCGCGACCGGCCGCCGGUUCCUCGGCGGGCGGACCUGGCCGGAGCACGGACGAGUUCAACAAGAUGCAGUCCGCGAAGACGUUGUGGCACUUCGUGAAGGAGGAGCUGGACGCCACGAACCUCGACGCGGCACGCGUUUGGAUGCAGCGCUUGGACGCCUCCCCGGCGCUGCGGACGCUGUGCCGCGAGGUGAAGUGGCUGGAGCGACCUCGACACGAGAAAGUCUCCCUGUCGAUGCUCGCGCCACCUCGCCGGGCCUCCGCGGCCGCGGCGCGGCCGGGCCGGAGUUGCGCGGGACCUUUGGUGGAGCUGCUCCGUCGCGCUCAGCAGGCGGCGUCGGAGAAAUCGGAGCUGUUCCAUUCGCGUCUCGCGACCGAGAGCUUCCUGCAGAACGAGGCGUGGUCUCAGUUGCAUUCCUUGCUGGGCGACCACAUCUUGGGCAAGCUGCUCUUGCACUGUGAGGUCUAUCAAUCCUUGGGCGGUUCGCGCUACCUCCAGCUCACUGGGCGCGCGCGCACGACCGCGGCGACGCCGACGACCUUUGCCGCGCGGAGGGUCGCUGGCAUGAGCGCGCGGUGGAGGCCCUCGGAGAUCGUGAUCCGUCGGCCCAUCUUGUAUUCUGCCCACUUUGCCAAGCAUGCAGGACUGCCGGCGCGCCACGUCCUGCGGACGCUGCCGGGCGACGCCGGCGGCGCGCGGCGCUGCGCCGCGUGGAUCUUGAGCGAGGACUUCGCGGCCGCGGGCAGUGGCCCAUGUGGGGAAGCGGAGUUCGGCGCCGCCCGCGUCGGGCGGAAGAGGCCCCGGGGGCCUCGACGCAGCGCCACACGGAGGGCGAACGAGGCGAAGGGCACGGGGAAGCCGGGCGUGGCGCAGCGAGUGGUGAAGAGCCUGUCUCCUAUCUCGGAUGUGGUGUAUCACGCACUCCUGGAGCCCUGUUUGCAGAUGCUCAAGAAGACUGGAGACAUCAAUUUCCAGCAGUUGCUCAGCAAGCACUGUCCUUCCACACAUGCCUUGAUCAUCUUGAAGGUCUUCGAACAGAAAAGUCAGCGCACUCGAGCUCUGCCCCAGAUCGGUGGGCUUCGAUGCUUUUGUCAGACUCCAGCGGCCGCUGCGAUGACUCCAUGGCCUUCCACACGCGCUCGAAGCUUCUUGUGCACCGGCGGAGCAGCGGAGAUUCGCUUCAUGCGCGACUUCCCCGCGCUCUCCUGUGCCACGAAAGCAUGGCAAGUCGCGCGGUUCUUAUGCGCGGCCGUACAUGAGCUCCUUCCAGGGGACGACCUCUUGGGGCGGAAGAACUGGCAGAGCUUGGUGAAGACGUUGAAGCUCUUCGUGCAGCUACGACGUCGAGAAGAGCUCUCCGUGCACGACUUGAUGCAGAAUGUCUCCGUGCAGGAGUUCCAAGAGUG